UUUACAACAAGAUGGCUUGGCAAGGAGACAACAACUCGACACUAUUAUUACCAUUGAAUAUCAAUGUUCCGAAUUUUGAUUCUUUUGACGGAAAUAUUUCGUGUUCAAAACAGUCCGGAAACUGUUCUGCUGCAAUAACAAUGAACGGGACAUCAAUAAACAUGGAGGAGCCAGCCACAACAGAGACACUUAUUGGUCUGACUGUCCUAUUUUGCCAGAUAGGACUUGUAGGAAUUUUCGGCAAUGUUCUAGUUAUCUGUGUAAUACUGUUAGAUAGAAAAAUGAGACAAUCUGUGACAAAUAUUUUCAUUAUGAACCUUGCGAUCGCCGAUCUUCUUAUCAUGUCGUUUGGUAUUCCGGAAAUCGUCCAAUUUAGACUGAACCGUGGCUGGCUUUUGGGGAGAGUGUUGUGUAAAAUUAACAGAUAUAUCUUGGUUGUGUCAUUAUAUUGUUCCGUUCUAUCGCUGGUUUCUGUAUGUGUAGAAAGGUUUGUAGCUAUUGUUCAUCCGAUAAAAGCACAGAUUUUAUGUAACAGACGUAAAAAUAUUAUAGCUGUCAGUGUUAUAUGGAUGAUAUCGUGUGCCUGUGGGAUACCAACAGUGCUAUACAACGAAGUAAAGUUGAUGAUACCUCACGCCGAUAUAUCGUUUUGUAUAACAAUCUUUCCUAAUCAUCAGUUAGAUAAUAUAAUCUUCAAGUUUUUGGAGUUUACAUUCUAUUAUUUCAUCCCAGUGUGUAUACAAAUAGUUCUAUAUGCUAUCAUUGGGAGACGCCUGUACGCCAGCACGGAUGAACUUCAUACCAAAUUUCAAAUGAGAAAAGAAUUAAAUAGAAAAACUGACCGAGCUGCAGAAACUAUAAAAGCUCGAAAAGGUGUUGUGAAAAUGCUGGUAGCCAGUGUUAUUGUUUAUACAUUAUGUUAUGCCCCUCCACAAAUUUUGUUAUUUUAUAACACACUCUCCAAGACGAGAUUUCACGAGACAUGGUCCUUUCAAGUAUUUGUCAAUAUCAUUGCAUAUGUAAACUCAGCUGCAAAUCCAGUACUGUACAGUAUAUUCAGUCAAAAUUUUCGUCGCAAUUUUAAGCGUUGUUUAUUCUGCAUGUGCAUUAAAUAUAAACAUGAACCAUAUAUUAGAGCUAGAUUUAACUCUCUUGACUCUCGUGGAAUCUCAAGAAAAGUAAGCACUACGAGAACUACAAUAUCAAGACUAUGAAUCAAUCGAAGAUUUAUUAUAUCGAUGAAACGGGCUGUGAUUUGUUUAACAGUACGUAUAUCUAUGUGAGUGCUUUUUUCAUUUGGGUUUCAUCAAUGCUUUAUUUCGAGCAAGAGGCUACAUAAUGGUUUGACUCAUGUUUUUACC